UGUUGUUGUUUCGCCGCCAGAUUCGGACGUGUAUUUUCCCAAUCUUUCUGCCAUGCAAUUGACUAACUUAAUUUUAAAAUUUCGCUCAUGUUUUUGUUGUUGACAAACGUUAUUUGUUUUUGUUAUUAGCGCAAACACGACGUAACAUUGAUCUCCACAGCCGAAUCGAGUCUUCAACAACAACAACUACGACACAAUGUCUAGUCCGCCUGCGUACGACAAGUUUGCUACCAAUUUCGAAUAACAUUUAAACAAUUUAGUGUGUGCGUGCGUGCGUGUGUGUAUGUUUGCGUGUUAGUUUAAGCCGUGUAUGUGAAGAAGUGCAAACAAAAGUAAAACGUGAAGCAUAUCAAAAUGCAAUUACAAUUACACUUCACGCAAUUCCAUAGUGUUUAGUUUAGUGGCGCCAUCUAGAAGUCCCAAAUUGUACUAUCUUCACCGUCUGCAGUUGAUCAAAAAACGGCAUGGACGUUCCCACACAGUCUAUAUACCCGCAUUCCGCAACGCUUUUCGCUGCCAUUUGUGCCUGUGUCUUUGUGACCAUCGGCGUAUUCGGAAAUCUAAUUACGCUUCUGGCGCUGCUCAAAAGUCCAACGAUACGCGAACAUGCGACGACAGCGUUUGUCAUCUCGCUCAGUAUAUCGGAUCUGCUCUUCUGCUCCUUCAGCCUGCCAUUGACAGCCGUUCGAUUCUUUCAGGAGAGCUGGACUUUCGGCAGCACUUUGUGCAAGAUAUUUCCAGUGAUCUUCUAUGGCAAUGUCGCCGUCUCGCUGCUCAGUAUGGUGGGCAUUACACUCAAUAGGUACAUACUCAUCGCUUGUCACAGCAGAUACUCACAGAUCUACAGGCCCAAGUACACGACGCUGCAGCUGUUGUUCGUUUGGGCCGUUUCCUUCCUGCUACUGCUACCUCCAAUUUUGGGCAUUUGGGGCGAAAUGGGACUGGACGAGGCAACCUUCUCCUGCACAAUACUCAAAAAGGAUGGCAAAUCGAUUAAGAAAACACUAUUCCUCAUUGGUUUUCUGCUGCCAUGUUUGGUCAUCAUCAUUUCAUACUCCUGCAUCUACAUAACUGUGCUGCAUCAGAAGAAGAAGAUACGCAGUCAUGAUAAUUUCCAAAUUGGCGCUGCCGGCGGUGCAAAGAAUGCAUCAGCAUCGGGCUCGUAUGUGACGACAACGAGUACAAGGAAGGCGAGAGAGGAUAAUCGCCUCACUGUGAUGAUGGUCACCAUAUUUUUGUGCUUUCUCAUCUGCUUCCUGCCGCUGAUGCUGGCCAAUGUGGUGGACGAUGAGCGCAAAACCAAUUAUCCUUGGCUGCAUAUCAUUGCCUCUGUGAUGGCCUGGGCGUCCAGUGUCAUCAAUCCGAUUAUCUAUGCAGCCAGCAAUCGCAAUUACAGGGUGGCGUACUUUAAGAUAUUCGCAUUGCUCAAGUUCUGGGGAGAACCGCUGUCGCCGAUGCCAAGUAGAAACUAUCACCAAAGCAAAAACUCAAAGGAAUUAUCGGGCGUUAUUCGCAGCACGCCAUUGUUUCACGCUGUUCAAAAGAAUAGUAUCAACCAAAUGUGCCAAACAUAUUCAGUAUGAUGAGUCUUUUGUAUUCGACGACGAGUUUGCAAUACACACACCAAUUAAUCUACUUAUUAAUCAUAUGUAUUUUUUUUCCCCUAAUUUAUACAAAUCUACAUACAUACUAUAUAUAAAUUUAUUAUAUUAUAUUCGAGAGCACAGAAGAAAACGACAACAAAAAUAUAGAGAAUAUUAUAUUGUGACGAUAUAAACCAU